GCUUCCCUCAUCCUGCAAGUCUCCUACACCCCUCCUCCGGGCGCCGCCCCCCUCUUCCCUCCCCCAGCCCCCCCCGAGGCGGCCCCGGCGGCGGUGGCAGAGCCCGACACGCUCACCGGUAAUGCGGGGGCUGCACGGGGGGACGCGUCCCCCAUCGCCCACCCCACAGCGCCCGGGGACCCGCAGCAACCUCCCUGCCUCCCGCCUCGCGCAGAAGCGGCCACCGAGGAGGAGGGGGACGACCAGGCGGCCACGGGGGACGAGUUGGAGCCCCCGUCCUCGGGGCUGCCGGGUUCGGAGCCGCCCUCGCUGCCCCGCAGACCCCCGGCUCCCCGCGGCCGUGGGGUGAAGCGCAGGAGGAGUUUGCCCAAAAAACCCCUGUCCAACAAACCGCAGGACUUCCAGAUCCGGGUUCGGGUGAUCGAGGCCCGGCAGCUGCCCGGCGUUCACAUCCGCCCCGUGGUGAAGGUGACGGCGGCGGGGCAGAGCAAGAGGACCAGGAUCCGCAAAGGCAACAGCCCCCGCUUCGACGAGACCUUCUUCUUCAACGUCUUCGAGUCGCCGGCCGAGCUGUUCGACGUGCCCAUCUUCAUCACGGUCCUGGAUUCGCGCUCUUUCCGGAUGGACGCGGUGAUCGGCGAGUUUCGGAUGGACGUUGAGAGCAUCUACUCGGAGCCCAAACAUGCGAUCCUCAGGCGGUGGCUGCUGCUCUCCGACCCGGAGGACUUCACAGCAGGGGCAAAAGGGUACCUGAAGGUCAGCCUGCUCGUGCUGGGACCCGGGGACGAAGCUCCUGUGGAGAAGAAAGAGGUCUCCGAAGACAAGGAAGACAUCGAGGGGAACCUCCUGCGUCCCACGGGGGUCACCUUGCGAGGGGCUCAGUUCUGCCUGAAGAUCUUCAAAGCUGAAGAUUUGCCCCAGAUGGACGACGCCGUCAUGGACAACGUGCGGCAGAUCUUUGGCUUUGAGAGCAACAAGAAGAACCUGGUCGACCCCUUCGUGGAAGUCGGCUUCGCGGGGAAGACGCUCUUCUCGAGGAUCCUGGAGAAGAAUGCCAACCCGCAGUGGAACCAGUGCCUGACGCUGCCGGUGAUGUUCCCUUCCAUGUGUGAGAAGAUGAAGAUCCGGGUGACCGACUGGGACCGUCUGACGCACAACGACGUCGUCGGCACCGCCUACCUCUGCAUGUCCAAGAUCUCUGCGCCCGGCGGGGAGCUGGAGGAUGCGUUUCCUGCUCUCGCGAAGCCUCUGAAAGCCUCAGACUUGGACGACGGGCUGGGCUUCCUGCCGACCUUCGGCCCGUGCUACAUCAACUUGUACGGCAGCCCCCGCGAAUUCACCGGCUUCCCCGACCCGUACGAGGCGCUCAAUUUAGGAAAGGGCGAGGGCGUCGCGUACCGCGGCCGCGUGCUGCUGGAGCUGGAGACCAAGCUGGAGGAGCACGGGGAGCUGAAGGUGGAGGACAUCUCUGCGGAUGACGUCCUGCGGGUGGAGAAGCACCUGCGGAGGAGAAAGUACUCCCUCUUUGCUGCCUUCUACUCGGCCACCAUGCUGCAGGACGUGGACGAUGCCAUCCAGUUUGAGGUCAGCAUUGGCAACUAUGGCAACAAGUUUGACAACACCUGCUUGCCCUUGGCCUCCACCACGCAGUACAGCCGGGCCGUGUUCGAUGGUUGCCAGUAUUACUACCUGCCCUGGGGCAACGUGAAGCCCGUGGUGGUGCUGUCCUCCUACUGGGAAGACAUCAGCUACCGAACCGACACUCAGAACCUCCUCCAGCACGCGGCAGACAGGCUGGAAGCCAACCUGGAGCAGAUCCACCUCGUGCUCAAGGCCAGCGGCGCGCCGGGCGAGCUGCAGUCCCUGGGAGCCCAGCUGAUGGACGACGUCAUUGCAGACUGCAGCGUUCCGCUGCCCGACGUGCUGGGGAAGGCGGCCAGCACACACCUGGACCAGAACCUGUACCGCUUCCGCAGCACCAACCUGGAGCAGGUGGUGCGGGCGGCCCUGAGGCUGAAGCACGAGGAGCUGAGCCUGCCGGCCGUGCUGGAGCAGGCGGAGGACUGGCUGUGCCGGCUGCGGGCCAUGGCUGAGGAGCCCCAGAACAGCCUCCCAGACGUGGUGAUCUGGAUGCUGCGGGGCGAGAGGCGCGUUGCCUACGCCCGCGUGCCGGCCCACGAGGUUCUCUACUCCCGUGGUGGCCCCAGCUGCUGUGGGAGGAACUGUGGCAAGCUGCAGACCAUCUUCCUGAAGUACCCCCAGGAGGAGGCGAUGGGGCCACGGAUCCCAGCCCAGAUCCGCGUCCAGCUCUGGUUUGGGCUCUCUGUUGACGAGAAGGAGUUCAAUCAAUUCGCUGAGGGGAGGCUCUCCGUCUUCGCUGAAACCUACGAGAAUCAAACCAAGCUGGCACUGGUGGGGAACUGGGGCACCACCGGCCUGACUUACCCCAAAUACUCCGAUGUCACCGGCAAGAUCAAGCUCCCCAAGGACAGCUUCAAGCCCUCCACGGGCUGGACCUGGGCCGGUGAUUGGUUCAUCUGCCCGGAGAAAACGAUGCUGCACGAGGCGGACGCGGGGCACCUGAGCUUCGUGGAGGAGGUGUUUGAGAACCAGGUGCGGCUGCCGGGCGGGCAGUGGAUCCACAUGGCUGACGCCUACACCGAUGUGAAUGGGGAGAAGGUUCUGCCUAAGGAUGAGAUCGAGUGUCCUCCGGGCUGGAAGUGGGAAGAUGUGGAGUGGGACACCGACCUCAACAGAGCCGUGGAUGAGAAAGGCUGGGAGUAUGGCAUCACCAUCCCUCCGGACCGGCGGCCCAAGGCCUGGGUGCCAGCUGAGAAGAUGUACCACACCAACCGGCGCCGGCGCUGGGUGCGACUGCGCAGCAGGGACCUGGCACAGAUGGAAACAGUCAGGAAGCACAAGCAGGACGAGCAGGACGGUGAAGGCUGGGAAUACGCCUCCCUGCUGGGCUGGCGCUUCCACCUGCGGCCCCGUCGCACCGACGCUUUCCGCCGCCGCCGCUGGAGACGCAGGAUGGAGCCCCUGGAGCGCACCGGGGCUGCUGCCGUGUUCGCCUUGGAGGGGGCCCUGGGAGGAGUGACCGACGACAAAAGCGACGACGGCAAAUCCGUCUCCACGCUGAGUUUUGGUGUCAACAGACCCACCAUCUCCUGCAUCUUCGACUAUGGGAACCGCUACCACCUCCGCUGCUACAUGUACCAGGCACGGGACCUGGCUGCCAUGGAUAAGGACAGCUUCUCUGACCCCUAUGCCAUCGUUUCCUUCCUCCACCAAAGCCAGAAGACGGUAGUGAUCAAGAACACCCUGAACCCCACCUGGGACCAGACGCUCAUCUUCUACGAGAUUGAGAUCUUUGGGGACCCCAAGAACGUGUCUGAGUGCCCUCCCAGCAUCGUGGUGGAGAUAUAUGACCAUGACACCUAUGGUGCUGACGAGUUCAUGGGGCGCUGCGUGUGCCGGCCCAGCCUGCAGCGCGCACCGCGGCUCUCCUGGCACCCCGUGCUCAAAGGCAGCAGGAACGUCGGCGAGCUGCUGGCUGCCUUCGAGCUCAUCCAGAGGGAAAAGCCAGCUGUCCACCACAUCCCUGGCUUCGAGAACGAGCUGUCCUCUGCUCUGGAUGAGUCUGAGGACUCUGACCUGCCUUACCCACCACCCCAACGGGAACCCAACAUCUUCAUGGUCCCCCAAGGGAUCAAACCGGUCCUGCAGCGCACGGCCAUCGAGAUCCUGGCCUGGGGGUUGAGGAACCUCAAGAGUUACCAGCUGGCCAGUGUCACCUCCCCCAGCCUGCUGGUGGAGUGCGGGGGGCAGCUUGUGCAGUCCUGUGUCAUCAAGAAUGUCAAGAAAAACCCCAACUUCGACGUCUGUGUGCUCUUCAUGGAAGUGCGUCUGCCCAGCGAGAGCCUCUACAGCCCCCCCAUCAUCAUCAAAAUCAUCGACAACCGGCCGUUCGGCCGCAGGCCUGUGGUGGGGCAGUGCACCAUCCGCUCUCUGGAGGAAUUCUACUGCGACCCCUACGGUGGGGAGACGGACGGUGCCCAGGAGCAUGCAGAUGAUGUAAGCCUCACGCCCAGGGAUGAUGUCCUCAUUGACAUUGAUGACAAAGAGCCUCUCCUUCCCACCCAGCUUGUGGAGGGCAUGACCAGCUCAGCACUAAUUAACCCUCCAGCUUCUCGGUCCGAGCCUCAAGAGGAAGAAUUCAUUGACUGGUGGAGCAAAUUCUACGCUUCCACAGGGGAGAGGGAGAAGUGUGGCUCCUACCUGGAGAAGGGCUUUGACACCCUGCAGGUCUAUGAGACGGAGCUGGAACGCGUGGAGGCCUUCGAGCAGCUCUCUGACUUCUGCCACACCUUCAGGCUGUACCGUGGCCGGGUGCAGGAUGCCAACGACGAUCCCUCGGUCGUGGGCGAGUUCAAGGGUUCCUUCAAAAUCUACCCUCUGCCCGACGACCCCCGCGUGCCGCUGCCACCUCGACAGUUCCACCAACUGCCAGCCAGGGGUCCCCAGGAAUGUCUGGUCAGGGUCUACAUCAUCCGUGCCUUUGGUCUGCAGCCCAAGGAUGCCAACGGGAAGUGUGAUCCCUAUGUGAAGAUUUCAGUGGGAAAGAAAUCCAUAAACGACCAAGAAAAUUACGUCCCCUCUACGCUGGAGCCUGUCUUUGGAAAGAUGUUCGAGUUGAGCUGCACUCUGCCCCUGGAGAAGGACCUGAAGGUCACACUCUACGACUACGACCUCCUGUCCAAGGAUGAGAAGAUCGGGGAGACCGUCAUCGACCUGGAGAACCGGUUCCUGUCGAAAUACGGGGCACGCUGUGGGCUUCCCCAGACCUACUGCGUCUCUGGGCCCAACCAGUGGCGAGAUCAGCUCCGUCCCUCCCAGCUGCUCCACCUCUUCUCCCUGCAGCACCACUGCAAGGCUCCCACCUACGCGUCCGACCGGCUCAUCUUCCGCGAGCAGGAGUACAUCCUCUCCGAGCUGGAGGAUGGCAAACCCCACAACCCUCACCUGGGGCCAGCAGAGGAGCGGCUGGCCCUGCACGCACUGCGGAAACAAGGACUGGUGCCAGAGCACGUGGAGACCCGGCCCCUCUACAGCCCCCUGCAGCCAGAGAUCGAGCAGGGAAAGCUACAGAUGUGGGUGGACCUGUUUCCAAAAUCCUUGGGUCAGCCUGGCCCCCCUUUCAACAUCACACCACGCAAAGCCAAGAGGUUCUACUUGCGCUGCAUCAUCUGGAACACCAAGGAUGUCAUCCUCGAUGACCUCAGCAUCACCGGGGAGAAGAUGAGUGACAUCUACGUCAAAGGCUGGCUGGUUGGCCACGAGGAGAACAAGCAGAAGACAGACGUGCACUACAGGUCGAUGGGAGGAGAAGGCAACUUCAACUGGAGAUUCAUCUUCCCCUUCGACUAUCUCCCUGCCGAGCAGAUGUGUUGCAUUGCAAAAAAGGAGCACUUCUGGAGCUUGGACAAGACAGAAAACAAGAUUUCACCGCAGCUGAUCUUCCAGAUCUGGGACAAUGACAAGUUCUCCUUCGAUGACUAUUUGGGCUCCAUCCAGAUGGAUCUCAACAGGAUGCCCAAGCCUGCCAAGACCGCUGAGAAGUGCUCCUUAGAGCUCAUAGAUGGCAGCUUGUCUGCAAGCCGCUUUGUGUCCCUCUUUGAGCAGAAAACCGUCAAGGGCUGGUGGCCCUGCAUCGCAGAGCAGAAUGAGAAGAAGAUCCUGGCAGGAAAACUGGAAAUGACUUUGGAAAUUGUGGCUGAACACGAGCAUGAAGAGCGGCCGGCUGGAGUGGGUCGGGAUGAGCCAAACAUGAACCCCAAGCUGGAGGACCCCAAGCGCCCGGAGACCUCCUUCCUGUGGUUCACCUCCCCAUACAAGACCCUGAAGUACAUCCUGUGGCGCCGGUACAAGUGGCUGCUCAUCCUGGCCAUCGUGCUCUUCAUUUUGCUGCUCUUCCUUGGGAUCUUCAUCUACGCCUUCCCGAACUACGCUGCCAUGAAGCUGGUGAAACCUUUCAACUGAGUGCCUGGAUUUCAGCGGGACGCUGCAGCCCAGGACGCGGCGACGUUCCUUUCCCCAGAGCAGGGAGCCACCUGCAGUCCUCACCUCAGGAGCAGCGCCUAAAUCAAACCUCCUCUGCAGCAGUUCUGAUUUGGCUUCCUCGUCCUCCUUCUGUUUGUUUUAAUUUUGGUCAGUGCUCGGAUGCAAAGCUGGCGAGGGUUGGGGAGAAAAGGACCCUUUUGUGGGCUGUCCAUGGCGGCGAUCAUGGAGGAGCCGCAAUCUCUCAGGUCCUGAGCAGGUUUUUCUUGGCACCCUGCAGCAGCCUCCCUUUGCCUCUGCCGUGCGAUGUGCAUUCCUGCUUUUGGAGCCUGUCCUCCCUCCUCUGCGCUCCCACGUGCCCCAUUGCCUUCCCAGCCAACGCUGCUGCAGCAGCAGAGGGCACGGAGCAGCCCAGGAGCAAUGCAGCGCAGCGGGGGGCUUUGCUUCUCUCCUCCUGCUGUGUGCAACCCCCUGCACUGCAGCUCGGUGCCUGAUUGGUUUUUCUCCUUUUGCUGAAGCCAAACAGUGCAACAGCAGAGCACAGUGCACGCUGCUGCUGGGUGCUAGCAGGGCAGGCCUUGGGAAGCACAGCUGUUUGCUUUGUGCUUUGCAAGCAGGGCGUGAUGAGUGUGCAUCAUGCGGGUUUUGCACAGCCCAGAAGGUGUGAAUGGUGUUGCUGGGACCUUGCAGCUUUCUGCUCCCCCUGCCCGUGCUGCAAUCACUGAUGUGCACUGAGAGGGGGUUCUGCUGCUGCUCGGAGCAGACAGCAGAACAAGGUGAUCCCAGAGGAUCUGUUUCUCAGGACAAACUGUGCUGGCGUUGGCUCCAGCGAGGCACUUAAGCCUAUUCUUAGCAGCAGAUGAGGGGGGGAAAAGCACAUGGCUAAUUGCUUUGCUGGCGGGGACGUGAUGGAAAUCCUGUGCUGCUCAGUACUGUGACAGUGCCUGGAUUGCACAGGGCAGCUCUGCCACGUGUGAGGACAACACUUCAGACACAGAGAACGUACCCCAAAGCAGCUGGUGCUCAGGUGUGGAGGUUCCCCCACCCCAGGAACCAUUUUGCCAGCAAAACUCGUCGUGUUUACUCACGUUGCCCUUUUUUCUUGAUCUCGUUCCCACUCGUGCUCCUGUUAAUGCUGACCUAUCAGCUGUUGGCCCAAGAUCUGGGGAUGCUGCUACCCCUGAGAAACAGGCGAGCUGAAGGGGAAUGUUGGCUUUGCAGCUUCCUGGUGAGUUACGCCUUGGCCAAGUGGUGCUGAUGUGGUCGGUCCUCUUCCACUGCAACCCUGCUUGCUCACUGCCUUCCUGCAUGCCUUGCUAUGCCAUGGGAAGCCAUUCCUCAUUUCUUGCCCCAGUUUGCACGUUUGGUCAAGUUUCCCAUCUCAGUGACCCCCCACCUGUUUCAGAAAUGGGAUCUCAGUGCUGAGAGCCCCAAAGAGAUGAGCAGCCCAAAGCUCCCGUCCAACCGUGGAUGGUUCUCAUCCAUCCAUGCUGUUGCUCCGACCUGAGAUGAGCAACCCUACCAAAAAUAAUUCCACCUGUCACUUCUCCAGAGCCUCUUCCAUCACAAAACCCUGUUUUAUUCCCUAGCAGUUCUUCCCUGGCAAACCAGAGUGGGUUGACAGUGAUGGAAAGGGCAGCAUCCCCACAUCCAAUCCUCUUCUUCCCAAUCUGGGCUGCAGAGCUUUGUUUCAUCCGGGGGCUGUGGUGGGCAAAGGCAGUUCUGAGCACCUGCAAACAUCAGCCUGGUCUCGUUACCAAAGCCAGCCAAGAGGCCAGACCCAAGUAAAGCCUUCUGCUCUCUAUGCCUUAUAUAUAUAGAUAUAUAUAUAGCCUUAUAUAUAUAGAUAUAUAUAUAUAUCACUGUGGUUUACAAAUGAAAUAGCUCUGAAA